GAUUCUAAUCCAGAGUUCAGACAUGUCUGCUGGCAGCAACCUGAGGUCUGAGGAUCAGUUCCGGUGCUCCAUCUGUCUGGACCUGUUCACUGAUCCGGUCAGCACACCAUGUGGACACAACUUCUGUAAAACUACAGAGAAACAGGCUGAAGACUUCAUCAAAGAUCUGGAACAGGAGAUCUCUGAGCUGAUGAAGAGGAGCUCUGACCUCAAGCAGCUCUCACGCUCUGAAGACCACCUCCAUUUCCUCCAGAACUUCAGCUCCCUGAAAGCUGCUCCACCAACCAAGAACUGGACCAAGGUCAGAGUCCAUCCUCCAUCAUAUGAGGGGACUGUGGUGAGAGCUGUGGCUCAGCUGGAGGAGGAGCUCAGGAACAAGAUGAAGAUGUUUGAGGCUGAGCUGAAGAGGGUCCAGAAGUUUGAGGUGGAUCUGACUCUGGAUCCUGAAACUGCUAAUCCUUACCUCAUCCUGUCUGAUGAUGGAAAACAAGUUCACCACAGUGAUGUGAAGAAGCAGCUUCCAGACAACCCAGAGAGAUUUUCUAAGUGUGCUAAUGUUUUAGGGUCUCAGAGUUUCUCUUCAGGCAGAUUUUACUUUCAGGUUCAGGUUAAAGGAAAAACUAAAUGGGAUCUAGGAGUGGUCAGAAAGUCCAUCAACAGGAAGGGAGACAUCACAGCGAGUCCUCAAAAUGGUUUCUGGACUGUUUGGUUGAGAAAUGGAAAUCAGUACAAAGCUCUUGCUGGUCCAGGUGUUGAUCUCAGUCUUCAGUCUGGUCCUGAGAAGGUGGGGGUGUUUGUGGAUUAUCAGGAGGGUCUGGUCUCCUUUUAUGAUGUUGAUGCUGCAGCUCUGAUCUACUCCUUCACUGGMUGCUGCUUCACUGAACCACUCUACCCGUUCUUCAGUCCCUGUAACAAUGAUGGAGGUAAAAACUCAGCUCCUCUGAUCAUCUGUCCUGUCAAUCAAUCAGCCUGAUGUUUCUUCAAAAGUCAACAGUUCAGCUGGUUUUAUUUCAUUUUAUCCACAUUUAUUUGGUUAGUUUUGAUCUCAAACACAAAAUUUCAUCAAUACUUAUAUGUAAUUCUCUCUAUUCUUUGAUAUUUUUAGUUUUUUU